UAUAUAAGACGGACUCACCUCAACCGAGACAGACACUGAAACAUCUCCGCACUGAAGACCUCCUGCAGCUUUGCUCCACACUUCAGAAUGGAUUUUCAAGUCCUUGCCGUGGUGACGUUGUUCCUGGCCUGUGUUGAGCAGAGCGUGGCCUCAUGCGUGGUGGACAGCUUCACAGUCAAAGAGGACUUCGACCCACAGAGAUACGCAGGAAAGUGGUACGCUCUGCAGAAGAAAGACCCCGAGGGUUUGUUCCUGCAGGACAACAUCUCUGCUGAAUACACUGUUGGAGAUGAUGGUGCCAUGGUGGCCUCCUCCAAAGGAAGAGUCACUCUCUUUGGGUUCUGGGUUGUGUGCGCUGACAUGGCUGCUCAGUACACAGUGCCUGACCCCAGCUCCCCCGGCAAGAUGUUCAUGAACUACCAGGGUCUGGCCAGCUACCUGUCCAGUGGCGGCGACAACUACUGGAUCAUUGACACAGACUAUGACAACUACGCCAUCACCUAUGCCUGCCGCUCCCUGAAAGAGGAUGGAAGCUGCGACGAUGGCUACGCGCUGGUCUUCUCCCGCAGCCCCCGCGGCCUCCCCCCUGCCAUCCAGAGAGUCGUGCGCCAAAAGCAGGAGGAAAUCUGCAUGGCCGGACAGUUCCAGCCCGUGCUGCAGUCCGGAGCUUGCUAAACUGAGGUUGUCGAGAAGCUCCUCAUUUCAGUGGACUGAAAGCCCAAGACGCUCAAGAUGGAGAGACAUAUUUAUGAUUUGACAUGUUCUAACUGCAUCUUAGGAAUCCAAUUCAACGCCAAGCCAAAUUUGAAUCAAUGCUGCCAAAUCUAAGGAAAAAUAUAAUCGGAACUUGGCUGUAACAUCUGAAAAGUGUCAUUAUUCUUCGAUGGUGACAAUAAACUUUGUAAAGAAACAAA